AGAAAUUAUAAUAAAUCCACACGAGAAUAAUAACCUUGUUUCCUAACGCGAUCGUACGCCGGUUGCUUUGUUGAGUUGUCUUCCAAGUAUUCUUGCUAAUAUUGCAAGUAUUAAUUUACAAAUCUUAUCACAAGUGAAAUAUAAACAGUAAUUCAAGAUGUUUGAAGCAAGAUUGGUACAAAGUGCGAUCCUGAAGAAGGUUUUGGACGCAAUAAAAGACUUGUUAACAGAAGCAUCCUUCGAAUGUUCCGAUUCAGGGAUUCAAGUUCAAGCCAUGGACAAUGCUCACGUUUCCUUGGUCUCCUUGAACUUGAGAAGCGAUGGCUUUGAUAAAUUUCGAUGUGAUAGAAAUCUUUCCAUGGGAAUGAGUAUUCAAACCAUGGCAAAGGUUUUGAAAGGUGCUGGAAGUGAAGAUACAGUAACUCUCAGAGCUGCUGAUAAUCCAGAUACAGUAACUUUCAUCUUCGAAUCAUCUGGCAAAGAAAGAUUAGCUGAAUAUGAAAUGAAGCUUAUUAAUAUGGACCAAGAACACCUUGGAAUUCCGGAAACUACCUAUUCAUGUGUAAUAAAGAUGCCAUCAGCAGAAUUUGCAAAAAUCGUUCGAGAUUUGUCCCAAUUUGGAGAAACAGUUGCCAUUGCAUGUACCAAGGAAGGAAUCAAAUUUUCAGCUUCAGGAGAUUACGGAAAUGCAAGCGUGAAGUUGGCACAGACAGCAGACGAUUCAGACCCUGACGUAGCAGUUGUUAUUGAAAUGCAAGAAUCUGUCAAACAAUCAUUCUCCUGUCGUUACUUGAAUAGUUUUGUAAAAGCUACACCCCUCUGCAGCCAAGUUGUUUUAUCAUUAUCAGGUGACGUACCUUUGGUUGUUGAAUAUAAAAUCGGAGACAUUGGUCACAUCAGGUAUUACUUAGCACCGAAAAUUGACGAAGAAGAAGACAAUGCUAAUUAAAAUAACGUGCUUUGCAUUAUCCGAUAAAAAUAGUAUUAACUUUUUAUAUUAUGCAUGUGAGGAUCAAUUUUUUUGAAAGAGAAUAUGAACUUUUUCUAGUAUGUACCUAUGAUGAUAAAGUGCCUUAAUGAAAUAAUAAACUGUAAAAGGGAGCGGAUGAAAAAUAAUAAAAUAAUUAAUAAUAGUAAACUG